AUGAACCUCACAAGAGCGGCACAGGAUAAAUGGUCCCAGCCCGGGUGGAGGAUAGAGAAAAAAUACACAAACAAGGUCCUGUUAGGAAACUGGGCAGAGGAGCGGCAGCAGUUCAAACGGGAAACACACUUCACAGCGGCCCCCAGCAGCACCAGCCGAGCGGACUACACACCGCACUGGAAUGUGAAGGCAGACAGCUCUGAGAGAGGAUCUGGCCUACUGAGAACUGAGGGGCUGCCGGCCAAGCUGCUUUUUGCCCAGCAGGGUUCACCAUCCUCUCAUGGCUUGGUCACUCACUAUGAGGAGAGCUACGGAAGGAAAUGCACUAAUGCCCUGCCAACGCUGCAGCCCUGUCAUCAAAAGAGCUCAACAUGGCCGCUUCAGAGGCCAAAUACUGCCUUUCUAAAAUACUCAGACUCGCCGCAGUUACAAAGAGCUGGUGUUGACAGGGUGGAAUCUCACGUCCCAUGGCUGACUGUGUACAGGUCAGCCUACCAGCGGCACCCUCACAGGACCUUCUGCCAGAGCCGCUUUGCCAGGGCCUCAUACUGGACAUCCAGCCACCUCCACAGAGCGAACAACCUCAACAAAGAUCUGGACUUGAGACAGGCACAACUGAGGCAGGUCCCAGAUCUGUGA